AAGCGCAAGAGGAAACGUGUGUUCAACCAGGGUGAGCUGGACGCCUUGGAGUACCACUCAAAGGUGAGGAGGCUCAUUCGGGAGGGCACGUCGUGCCUGGUGCAGGCGGGGCUGCGCAGCGGUUUCCUCCAGCGCCCCGCCGAGCAGAGCUGCAGGGGCAGAGUGGCUCCUGGCCACGCUGGCUGCGGCCUGGCUGAGCUGUGUGACAUGGCAAAGCAGUUUCCAGCUGUGAGGGACAGCCACUGCCCAGCUGUGCACGUGCUAGAUGAGGAGACCUCUGCUCCAGAGCAGGACCUGCUUUCGUGCGUUACAGAAAACUCAUCAAGCUGGGCAAAGAUUGUUGAGCUGAUGGGACAGAAGUACUUGGUGCCACCAAAAAGCAGUUUCCUGCUGUCUGAUAUUUCAUAUUUACAGCCCCUGCUGAACUACAAGAAGAAAUAUGAUGUAAUUGUGAUUGACCCACCCUGGGAGAACAAGUCUGUUAAAAGGAGUAACAGGUACGGGCACUUGCCUGCGUGGCAGGUGAAGCAGGUUCCUGUGCCAGCACUGGCUGCCCCUGGCUGCCUGGUGGCCACCUGGGUGACUAACAGACAGAAGCACUUACGUUUUGUUAAGGAUGAGCUUUAUCCUCACUGGUCUGUGGAAACACUGGCUGAGUGGCACUGGGUCAAAAUUACCAGAGCUGGAGAAUUUGUGUUUCCUUUGGAUUCUUUGCACAAAAAGCCUUAUGAAGUUCUUGUGCUGGGGAGAGUUCAAGGAGAUGUGAAGGAAGCUGUAAGGAAAUCUGAGGAUGCAGUUCCAAUUCCAGAACACCAGCUCAUUGUCAGUGUGCCCUGCAGCCUGCACUCACACAAACCUCCUCUUGCAGCAGUCCUGGCAGAGUUUAUCCAGCCAGAUGCAGAGUGCUUGGAGCUGUUUGCUCGCAACCUACAGCCUGGCUGGACCAGCUGGGGCAACGAGGUCCUGAAGUUUCAGCACAUGGACUAUUUCACUCUGCUGCAGGAGGAAAGCUGA